GGCAAAGUACUAGCUACACAGACAUCUGCCGCUGCGCCUACUGCAGCAAUGGAGCAGCAGGCAAAUAGGCCUCACAGGGACAAGCAUUCGGGACCCUCGGCCGAGAAGAAAAAAUCGCAACAGUCGCGAGACCAAGCAGCAAAGCAAAAUCCCAAAGGGUUUGCUGUCGGUCGUCGGGCAGAGAAGCAGGCGCGUCGUACAGCUGAUGUUGACCAGAAGAAGCUGCAUGUGCCACUGGUAGACAGAACGCCCGAUGAAGCGCCCCCUGUCAUUAUUGCAGUCAUGGGACCGCCAGGCACGGGCAAGACGACAUUGAUCAAGUCGCUUGUAAAGCGCUUUUCGAAGCACUCUCUGACAGAGGUGACGGGUCCUAUCACAGUUGUUUCGGGCAAGCACAGGAGAUUGACCUUCAUUGAGUGCGCGAAUGACCUAAACGCCAUGAUGGACGUGGCAAAGAUUGCAGACCUCGUCCUGUUGCUCAUCGAUGGCAAUUUCGGCUUUGAAAUGGAGACGAUGGAGUUCCUCAACAUCCUUGCGCCGCACGGUAUGCCAAAGGUGAUGGGUGUUUUGACGCACCUCGACUUGUUCAAGAAGCCAGCUACCCUCAGAACUGCAAAGAAGCGAUUGAAGCAGAGAUUCUGGACAGAAAUAUACCAGGGUGCAAAACUCUUCUAUCUCUCCGGCGUCAUCAACGGUCGAUAUCCAGACCGAGAGAUUCUCAACCUCUGUCGCUUCAUCUCUGUCAUGAAGUUCAGGCCCUUGCUCUGGCGAAAUUCCCAUCCAUAUUUGCUUGCAGAUCGUGUCGAAGAUUUGACACCUCCUCAGCAGAUUCACGAUGACCCAACUUGCGAUCGAACAAUCACGCUUUACGGCUAUUCUAGAGGAACAAAUUUCCCAGCAAAGGAUGCUCGGGUACAUAUCCCUGGUGUGGGCGACUUGACUGUUUCGGUUGUUUCUGCUCUGCCAGAUCCUUGUCCUGCGCCAGGUCAAGAGAAGGGCAAGAAGCGUCGGACGCUUGGUGAAAAGGCCAAGCUCAUCUACGGUCCCUUGUCAGAUGUCGGUGGUAUCACAUUCGACAAGGAUGCAGUUUAUAUAGACAUGCCCACCAACUCCUUUUCACACAAAAAAUCACAAGCUGAGGAUGAAGAGUCAGAUGAAGAAGAGACUGGUUUCGGUGAACGUCUCGUGAUGGGUUUGCAAUCAGCCAAGCCGCAACAGGAAGAAGGACUGCAGCUAUUUUCUGGUGGGGGACACGUAACGGACUCAGGGCGUCGGUCAAUACGGCAGACCCAAGCACAGAUGAUGGACUUUGACAACGCUGAAGGUUUAGAGGACGUUCCUACGGAUGAUGACGACGAAGAUGCGGAACCUCCCGUCUAUGUUGAAAAGACCGAUCGCGGUGGUGGCCGGCGCGAGGAACUCCAAUUUGCCGAUAGUGACAGCGAAAUUGGGGAGCUUUCUGGCAACGAAGACGAUGUCUCUUUCGAUGAAGAAGAGGAGGAUGAUCAGACAACGGCUGCCUUGAGAUGGAAGGAAGGGCUUGCAGAAAAGGCCAGCGCAGACUACAUGGCCCGCCGUCCUCGUCGAUUGGCUGCCCUCAUUUACGAUAUGGAGUACUCGGCUGCCGAUGUGGUACGCGAGUGGACUACUGGUAUCGUGAAAGGUACCGAGGCUGAAGAGGCACCCGAAGAAGAAGAAGAGGCAGACGACUUCUUCAAGGUGACUACAGAUGCACCGGCUGCUGAGGUCAUUGACGCCUCGAAGUCUCGCCAGGGACCCGUUGCCCCUGAUCUUCUUGCCCGUAUCAAGUCUCGCUUCAUCCCUCGUAACCCUGAAGCAGGCUUUGAAGCGACCGGGGACGACGGCGAUGAGGAAGAGGUGUUUGGAGACUUUGAAGAUCUUGAAGCAUCUGAUGCUGAAGCCGACGACAAAAUCACUGAACCAAUUGAAGCAGCGGAACCAGCAGCACAGCUUGACUUUGCAGCCGAACGAUUACAAAAUGAAAAGCGGAAAGCUGAAUUGAAGCAACGUUUCGAGGAAGAAGAUGACCGUGGUGGAAAGGAGGAAGACCCGCAAGGCGAGAUGGAUUGGCAUGAUCAGCAAAAGGCCAAGAUCUCCAAGCAGCUCGAACUCAACAAGGAGGCAUUUGCUGACCUGACACCCGAGGAGAGAAUCUCGGUAGAGGGUCACCAGCCUGGAAGCUACCUUCGACUACAAAUCUCGGGAGUCCCAUGCGAGUUUAUCGACAGUUUCACCGGCAAGCUUCCCGUCAUUGUUGGAGGGCUAUUAGCCAACGAGCAAAGCUUCGGCCUGGUGCAGGUGCGCAUUAAAAAGCACCGCUGGCACAAGAAGAUUCUCAAAACCAACGAUCCUCUUAUCUUGUCUAUUGGAUGGCGGCGAUUUCAAACACUGCCGCUGUACAGCACCAGUGACAAUCGCACGCGAAACCGUCUGCUUAAAUACACACCAGAGCACAUGCACUGUUUUGCCACAUUUUAUGGUCCAUUGACUGCGCCCAACAUUGGCUUUUGUGCCUUUAGAUCUGUGGCGAAUCACACACCUGGCGAUACAGUGGGUGCUGGUUUCCGUGUGGCUGCUACUGGUACGGUCUUGGAUCUUGCACAGUCGAGUGAGAUUGUCAAGAAGCUCAAGCUGACCGGAACGCCGUACAAGAUCUUCAAGAACACGGCAUUCAUCAAGGACAUGUUUACUUCUUCACUUGAGGUGGCCAAAUUCGAAGGUGCCAACAUCCGAACUGUUUCCGGAAUUCGUGGACAAGUGAAAAAGGCAUUACGCAAACCAGAGGGACACUUCAGGGCGACAUUUGAGGAUAAAGUGCUCAUGUCUGAUAUUGUCUUUUUGCGAGCUUGGUAUCCAGUGCAGCCGCGCACGUAUUACAACCCAGUCACAUCGUUGCUUGACUCUUGGAAAGGUAUGCGAUUGACCGGUGUCGUGAGGCAUGCAAUGAGUCUUGCAACACCCCUGCCAGCCGACUCACAGUACCGCAAGAUUGAGCGUCAGGAACGCAAAUUCAAUCCACUCAAAGUACCGCGUGGUAUUCAAGCUUCGUUGCCAUUCGCUAGUAAACCUGCACUCAUGAAGAAGCAGUCAAAGCCGACGUACCUGCAAAAACGAGCUGUGGUGUUGGGUGGAGAAGAGAAGAAGGCGCGUGACCUGAUGCAAAAGAUUAUGACGCUGCGAAAUGACAAGACUGCGAAGCGUGAUGCAAAGCAAGAGCAGCGUCGUCAAGUACAUCGUCAAGCGGUGGCCAAGGAGGCUGCUUUCCAGGUGGAGAAGGAGAAAGCCAAGUCUCAGGCGUACUACAAGGAGCAAGGCAAGAAGCGGCGGCUCGAAGGUGGUAAGCCUACAGGGAAUGCCAAGAAGCGUUCGAGGGAUGAUUAAAAGGAUGCAUAGGCUCUUUGUAUCUCGGUAGAUACGAAUGCAGAUUUAGUGAGCCGAUAAGGUGUUGGAUGCUUUAAGAGAGAUAAACGCACUGCAGGAAUGGAUGUUCAAGCAACUCGCCAGCGGUGUGCCGAUGAAAUGGAUCCAAUUCGAGUGCCUUGUCGAGGAAGUCAAAUGCCUGUUGUAAGAGGAUAUCAUCUCCUUCUUCCA